AUGGCGCGGCGGAGUUUUAAAACAUGCCUGCUUGCCAAUGUGUUUGUUGUUCUGCAUGACUUAGAGCCAACGCUCGAGUGCACUCAAGGAGAAUGGAUCCUCAAGAAUCCACCUCCAAAGGAUAACCCAAUGCCCCUCCAGAAGCCCCUGGACCCAGGAUGUCAAUUCAUUGGCAAAGCGAAAAUGCCCUCACUGAUGUCUUGGAUCUUGUUCUAUUCCAAUGGGAAGAAAAAGAUGUCUCCCAUUGAUGAUGGCCCCUCUGGCAGGGACAAAGGUGAUAUCCAUGGUGUCAUUGCCCACCUCAUUUUUGCCAAUCACAUCAAGUAUGGCCCCGCAUACCAUCACAACCUAGAAGAAAUUUCACUCAGAACAAGAUACAAGAAGAACAAGAGCCAAUUUACCGCCACAGGCACUGGCAUUGUGCCACUUGAUGGGGCAUCUGCACAAAAUCUACUAGAAAAAGUUCAUGUGGACCUUCCAUGGUACUCGGAUCUGGAUGCGAUCUGGCACAGCAAUCCCUCCAUGGCGGCGAAGACGCACUUGUCUAAGCCAGGCCUUGAUCAUGCAGGUGCCCUGUAUUCACUUAUCCGGCCACAUGGUGGGGCUGGUCCCUCCAUGCACUUUGGUGCCACUGUUGGGGCUGGUUCCUCCAUGUCCUUUAGCACCCCUGCUCAGUCAUCACUCCCCCCCUCCCCUGCAUAUCCCCCUGGCACUCAGCCCUCCCCCAAUGCAUAUCCACCGCCCAGCACACACUUGCCCCCCACUUCUCCAACCUUCUGCUCCCCCCAGUAG